AUGUCUUGGGGGGCCACGGCCUCUAUAUGCCCCCUUAAAAGCCGCUCGUGGUACAGCCCAGUGGUUAUACUUACUAUUUCCUGUUUUGUUUAUAUUUCCGAGUUUGAUUGGAUAAAUGACCCAUUUGAUAAAGAUAUAAGUUUAACUGAAUUCAGCCUUGAAGAAGAAGAGGAACUCGCUGAAAUACGAAACAAUCGAACUCUUUUAUCAAAGUACAAAAAUGUUCCAUUAAAUAAAUUUUGGGUUUACGUUGAAAAAAUUCAUGAUAAAAUUGGCAAAAAAGCUCUAAAAAUAUUACUGCAGUUUUCGAUGUCAUAUUUAUGUGAACAAGGAUUUUCCACUCUUGUAAACAUAAAAUCAAAUAAACGAAUGAAAAUGGAGUUCGUUGAAGAAGAAAUGAGAGUAUGUCUUUCAAAUAUUCGACCACAAAUAAAAGAUUUGUGUAAAAAAAAACAAGCCCAAGUAUCACAUUAG